AUGGCGAAUAGGAAAACUGGAAAGGUCGCUCGGCCAGGGACAAGACGCUCUGCUAGACACGCUGCUCACCAAUCGAGCGAAUCAGGUAACCCUCAACUUCCUGCGAUUGUCGAAGAAACUGUGGCUAUGGAUACAGGUGAAAAUUUGGAGAAGGGAUUAGCCGAGAAUACAAAUCUGGAAGCAGAUUCCUCCCAGAAAUCUGCACAUGCAUCAGCCGAGGUUACUCAUGCGACAACAGGAGACCAAGACAAGGAUCUUUCUGAGAACGAUCUGCCAACAGAGCAAGUACCAGUGGCAAUGCCCCCAGUUGAUAGCGACCAUCUUGAGAGUCAUGCCGGUAUGGAAGACGAUUUAGUCCAGGGAACUAAAGCUGACGAGACUAAGGAACUCGAGGAGGAAAGUGACGAGCGCACAGUUACUGAAGCCCUAGAUGUCUCAUCACCAGGAACAGAGGAAGAGGAGGGCAUCGAGUCUCAGUCUCAAGCCAAGGAGAUUCCAGUUCCUGUCAGUUCUGAUGAUUCUGACUGUCCUCUGAGCGUCUUUCAACAAAAGACAAAGGGUAGAACUUCGUCGAAACGCAAGACCACCUCGGUCCAUACAACAGACGCAUCUGAAGGCCCCAGUAUGAACCUGAAACGACGAGUGUCAAAAAGAAAGAAAGGGGGAACCUCUGAACCAAAUGCUCCGGCCAGCCAAUCAGGUGAUCUUUCUAUCAAACCUCUCUCAGAGAAAUUCCUGUCUGUUGAAACCAAGAAGAGGUUUGAAAAAUUUAAGGGGGUUGAAGUCAUUGCUGAGAGGAAUGUGAAUGUAAUGGACUUUCGGAAAAACCAAGUCUGGGAACUGUUUGUGGAACGUCAGUUAACCGGAACGAUGACCUAUGCAUGUCCAUUCAGCAAAGGGCUUGUGAGAGAAUUCUAUUCGAAUCUCACUCAAAGGACUGAUCUUCCUGGAGAUCAAAUGUAUCACAAGGCGUUUGUCCGAGGAAGGUUCAUUGAAUUCUCUCCCACAGUCAUCAACAAACUUCUGGGGACACCUGAUGACUCAGAUCAAGGUUUAGCAGAUUAUCCUGCUGGAACAACACUUGAGGAUUUGGAAGUCUCUCUCACGGGCGAAUUUGUUGACGGACGCAGUGGAAAAAUACCGGUUGCCAGCCUUAAGUUUGAAAGCCGAGUCAUGUUUCUAGUGGGUAAAACAAAUUGGUUUCCGACUCGCCGAACUGAUGUGAUUCAAGAUGAACUGGCUUUGUUGAUAUUCAAGUUUCUGAGAAAGGAGAAAGUCAACCUAGGAAGCAUUAUUUACAGUCAUAUACUUUCUCGAGCUGAAGAUAUGCGAGUUCGCUACCUGCUUCCCCAUCCUUGUCUUAUUCAGAGUAUUAUUGUGCGCCAAAGUCCUGAAAUUAUUGCAGACUCGGAAAUCACUGAAGUCAUUCAGCGCCCAUUGAUCAUUGAGUCCAGAGUUCAACGAACACAGCUAAGCCGUGUUCAGCUGUGCAGCAAGACAUUUGCUCUUUUGAUGAAACAUGACAAAUUGCUGCGUCAAGUGGAGGAGUCAAAUAGGAAGAAUGCAAAAGUUGUCGCUCAAAUCCGUGCUCAACAACACGCUCUUCGGGAAGAGUUUCAGAGGGGAGAAAGUGGAGCAAAUGAGUCAAGUUCCAAGGACAAAGGAAAAGGAAAAGUGGUGGAGGAAAUACAAAGUGAUGCCGAGGAAGAACUCGAGGAAGCAAACCCCGACGAGGCUGAAUCUGAGUGA